GGCUCACUCUGGCCAUGGGGGAGGCCCAGGACCAGUGUGAAUUCCUCUUGUGAGAUAUUUCUCCCCCCUCCUUGAAUCCCGAGGCGUUUGUGCCGACUAGGCAUGUUUGGAAUGCAGUAAAUGCAGUUUGCUUGUGGCAGUGUUAUCCCUGGAAACAAUUAAAUGCUGGCUUGAUGGUGCUGUUGGGGAGGCAAUACCGACGUGCCGUGAAUGUGGAGAGGUUGGGCUGCCUGUGGAAGUUGAGACGCCAUGAUACCGCUGUACACGACACUGCCCAGCCCGUGCUCGCGCUCAGAGUAUCAGCGUUACAGCGAGUUACUGCGCGUAGACUGGGCAAGGGCCAACGGCAGGGCCAGAGACAUUCGCCGGAGAGGCUGGCCACAAUGGUGGAUACAUCUGGCGAUGAGAAGCUGGACAGGCAGGGUGUGACCUCACAGGCCUGUCCGACGCUGAGAACCACCAUCCUAUUGGAGCAUCUGUGCACCCACGGGGUGCCGGGCGGCCCAAUGGCGGAGGAGCAGCUCAGCUUUAGCCCAGCGGCCUUGGCUGGAGGCUUGGAAUCACAGACAUGUCAGCUAUUGCAGAGUGAGCAUCAGAAAGUCACAGAUGCUGCCUUUAAACUGGACCUGUUGUCGCAGGAGCUACAGUCCAUGUGGUCAGCUCAAGGCAGCCCGGCAACCCUGCGGCCUCUGCAGGAGCAUGGGAGAAGCGUUUCGGCGCCUGAUUUCAGCGGUGCGCUCAGCAGGCUGGAGCGGCAGAGUGAACACGGUGGUGGUCUGUGGGCCGGAGUGGGGGGGCCAGUACAAACCCCCACCCUGUCAGCGCCCCAAUCUCUCCCGUCCCCGUACACCUUCGACCCGCUGCCCGUCCCGCAGCCCGUCCCGCAGCCCGUGAAACCGCCCCGGACCCAGCGGGGGCGGCUGGAACGAGGGCGCGCUGUACCGUAUUCUCCGGAAGAGCAGCGCCAGUCAGAUAGGAACCUGAUACCGUAUUCUCCAGAAGAGCAGCGCCAGUCAGAUAGAGCCCCCUCUCCCCGUCUAAUGCAAGGAUAUCAGAUACCGUAUUAUCCAGAAGAGCAGCGCCAGCCAGAUAGGAACCUGAUACCGUAUUCUCCAGAAGAGCAGCGCCAGUCAGAUCGGUACCUGACAGUGUAUUCGCCGGAAGAGCAGCGCCACCCAUCAGAGCGCGCCCCUUCUCCGCGCCUGCUGCCCCGAUCACUGGCUCCGUACUCGCCCCAGGAGCCGCCACGCCCGGACCGCCUGCUGCAGCCCCUGGCCCCGGACCACCACCACCACCACUACCACCACCAGCUCGCCCCGUCCUUCCACCCCGCGGCAGAGGUUGAGAACCCGUACGGCGCUCCGUCGACACUCCGUGACCCGGCGCUGCCUCCAGCCGGUGACGCCCACAGCCCUCCCGGCGUCUACAGCCCGGCCACCGCGCCCACGUUCUACGUUGGUGCCGGGAGCAGGGGGAGCCCGCAGUACCCGCCGAUAUCUACCGUUACCGAGCGCGGCAAGCUGGCCUUCGACACGGUGGAUGCCUCACCCACGGCAAGAUCCAAACCCGACUUCACCGCCAACAUUUACACAGGUGACGGGGGGAGUCAGCGGAAACCGGCGGGCGUGUGGGCGGAGGCAGACUUGGACAUUGCUUACGAGAGGAAGUCAAAGGCACCGAUCCAGGAGAGCAAGGGCGAUCCGAGGAGCUGGAGUUUGCCAAGACUGGGAAGAGACAACUGGAAACAGACGGACCUGGAUUUGGCCAUUCCGACCAGCAAGGUAGGACCUCACGCAGACUCUAACACACGGAGAGACUUCUGGUGAAGAUAUGUCGGUCAGGCAGGGCUCGUAUCCCCCGGGGUGUGGAUGUGAAAGGGCCUUGAAACAGAGAAAAUAGGUGGAGGAGUAGGCCAUUCGGCCCUUCUAGCCAGCACUGCUGAUCAUCCCCAAUCAGUACCCCGUUCCUGCUUUAUCCCCCAUAUCCCUUGACUC